AUCGCUGGAAAUUACGCUUACGUAAUUUGACCGAAUUACAAUUGCCUACAGAUUAUGCACGGUCGUUAACUCCAAAAGUUGUUGAAGAUAAAAAAAUUUUACGAAUUCCUGAAGCCACGGCAUUAGCAAUUUUACAACUUUCACUGACCACUCAACCCGAUUCUUCUUCUAUUUCUCCAACACAAAACGAUGAAUCAUUUCAUGAACAACCAACUCCUUUCACUAUUCUUUUAGCGGCUUUUGUUGUACUGUUACAUCGAUAUACCGGUGAUGAGGAUAUUACGGUUGGGUCAUCUUCAGAUACUAGGAAUCCUCUUGUGUUAAGGAUAAAUGUCAACCCUUCGGAUACAUUCGCUCAGGUUAUCCAAAAAGUUCAACAAGUUGAACGAGAAGCGACGGCAGAUGAAGUCCCUUUUCAUUUAUUAAUUUCCUCAUUAUUUCCCGAAAAAGAUCAAGGCCAAACAUCAACUUCUAUUCAUUCACCUCUCUUUCGUGUUAGAUUCUAUAACCAAACUGACAUGCCCGAAAAUCCUUUACCACAAGCCAUCUCUUUAACAACAGACCUCACUGUAUUAAUCGCAUCGCAUUCAUCAUCAUCACUUCGCCAUGCACUUCUUCCUGCCAUAGAAAUCCAAAUUUCAUAUAAUCAGCUCCUAUUCUCUGAAAAAAGAAUUUCUCAUAUUCUGGAUCAACUUGUUGCAGUUUUAAAUUAUGCUGCUCAACAUAAUGAAACAUGUGUUGCUGAAAUUCCUAUAUUAACAGAUAAAUGUUUAGAAGUACUCCCUGAUCCAAAAUCUGAUCUAAAAUGGUCGCAAUUCCUUGGCGCAAUAACUGACAUUUUUUCCGCAAAUGCCAAAAAGAUUCCCAAUAAUCCGUGUGUUGUAGUGUCUACUGGUGAUAUUUCUAAAAAACGUGUCUUCACUUAUCAGCAUAUCAAUGAAGCAUCAAAUAUUGUUGCUCAUUAUUUAAUAAAAAAUGGAAUUGAGAGAGAAGAUGUAGUAAUGGUCUAUGCAUAUCGUGGUGUUGAUUUAGUGGUUGCUGUUAUGG